AUGGACCAGCCAUCUCCUGCCGAGGACUACUAUAACCUAGGUGACUACCGUCGCAAUGUGACCACAACGAACGAAGAUGCCCAACUUUGGUUUAGUCGAGGCUUGAUCUGGGCCUACGCCUUCAAUCACGAAGAAUCUGCCCGAUGCUUCGAAAAGGUCGUCGAAUUCGACCCCACAUGCGCCAUGGGAUACUGGGGCAUUGCCCUCGCCCUGGGUCCCAACUAUAACAAGCCAUGGCAGAUAUUUGAUGGAGAAGAUCUCUCCGCCACCACGACUCGCGCCCAUCGCGCGAUUCUACAGGCGAAGAAACACGCUCCCGCCGUGACACUUUUGGAAAAUGCUCUUAUCGAUGCACUGCAGCACCGAUACCCCCAAGAACAGCCCGUAGAAGACUGCACAGAAUGGGAUAAGAAAUACGCCGACGCAAUGACAUUAGUGUACAAUGACCACCCGGAUGACCUCGACGUGACCGCGCUGUACUGCGAUGCGCUGAUGAACUUGACUCCAUGGGGUUUGUGGGACAUAAAGACGGGCGAGGCUGCACCAGGGGCAAAAACAUUCGAAACAAAAAAAGCGCUAGAUAGAGUCUUGGAACGAGACGAAGCCCUCGAUCAUCCCGGCAUCUUACAUCUUUACAUCCAUCUGAUGGAAAUGUCCCCGACACCUGAAAUUGCCCUGCCGAUAGCGGAGUACCUGCGCGGCCUUGUGCCUGAUGCUGGCCAUUUGGAGCACAUGCCCUCCCAUAUCGAUGUCUUGUGUGGUGAGUACAAACGCGCGGUCGCGGCGAAUACAUCUGCAAUCCGCGCAGACGAUAAGUUCCUCGGCAACCAGCCCCUGGGCCACUUCUAUAAUUUGUACCGUGCACAUGAUUACCACUUCCGCAUGUAUGCUGCUAUGCUGGGCGGCCGAUCGAAGGUCGCACUUGAGUCUGGGGCCGAGCUCACGCGGAUAAUCACCGAGCCUCUUCUGCGCAUCGAGUCUCCGCCGAUGGCAGAUUGGCUGGAAGGUUUUGUCGCUAUGCAAAUGCAUGGAUUUGUGCGCUUCGGUCGCUGGGAGGAAAUCAUUGCCACAGAGCUGCCGGAAGAUGCAGAGCUGUACUGCGUCACCACUGCAAUGAUGCACUAUGCAAAGGGCGUCGCGUUUGCUGCUACCAGCUGUGUGCCGGAAGCAGAAGAACAGCGAGAGCAUUUCCUACGAACAAUGAAGCUCGUCCCUGCUUCGCGCACGAUCUUCAAUAACCGUUGUGUUGACAUUCUUGCCGUUGGUGAGGCGAUGCUCGAUGGCGAGAUUGCGUAUCGCCGUGGCGAAUACAAUGCUGCGUUUUCGUAUCUCCGGGACGCCGUGCAAAGGGAUGAUGCAUUGCCGUAUGAUGAGCCUUGGGGCUGGAUGCAGCCGGCUAGACACGCACUGGGGGCAUUAUUGCUGGAACAGGGUCGCGUUGAGGAGGCUGCGGCCGUAUAUUCUGCGGACCUUGGAGUUGACACAUCUCUGCCUCGUGCUUUGAGGCAUCCGGGCAAUGUAUGGGCUUCGCAUGGGUAUCAUGAGUGUUUGGUCAAGAUGGGCCGAAAAUACGAGGCACGUGCCAUGUUGCCGCAACUGAAGAUUAAUUUAGCCUGGGCGGAUGUGCCUAUUAAAUCGUCGUGUUUCUGUCGGCAGAUAACUGAGUGA